AUGCCCCAGCAGGUAACCCUGCCCUGGCAGUCCGACAUGCAGCUGGCCGGCAAGCUGGUCCUCUCCGCCGCCGCUCUGCUCUUCCUGACUUUGGCGUACAGGUUUUAUAAGUCCCGCUCGCUCGCCGGGGGCAAAAUCCCGCUGGCUGACGCGGGAGGAGAGCAGAGGGAAAACGCUGCCCGGGAUGGGGAUGGUGCAGUGGGUCUGCGACGGAGAAGGGUGUUUGGUGAGGAGGUGAGGAAGGAUGGCGGGGAGGCACAAGCGAGCGGUCAAGCGAGCGUCCCUGCGAUGCAGCACACGCUUCCCCGGGGGGAUCGAAGUCUGCCAAGGGGUGAGGAGGAGGAGGAGGAGGAAGGAGAGGAGAUGGUUUCUGAACUUGGGCUGACUUGCAGGAGAGCGGGGAUGGCCGGGAGGGGAAGUGAGCUGGGAAGCAAGCCGGGAAGCGAGCUGGGAAGUAAGUUGGGAAACAAGUCAGGAAUCGAGCCGGGAAGUGAUCCGGGAAGCGAGACAGGAAGCAAGCCAGGACACAAGCCAGGAAGCAAGUUGGGAAGCAAGCCAGGAAGCGAGCCGGGAAGUGAGCCGGGAAGCAAGCUGGGAAGUGAGCUAGGAGGUGAUCUGGCAAGCAAGCCAGGAAGCGAGCCAGGAAGCGAGCCGAGCUCUUAUGGCCCUGGGGACACAGCCGGAACACUGAGAAGCUGCGGGGAGGAGGGCACACUUGCCCCAACCACCGGGCUUUCCCCCAGGAUUGCUAAUGCCCAGAUGGCACGGGACGGACACACCCAAAGCACAGAACAGAAUUUGGCCGGUGGAGGAACGAUCUGGGAGUCCAAGGGGUGCAGGGGGACAAUCCAGACCCUCAGUGUCACCUCAGACCUGGGGCUAACGAUGACGGCGAGCAACACAGGGUCAGACACCUCCUACUCUUUCUCCUCAGUCGCAAAGAUCCAGGUGGAGGAGAACUACAUCGCCGAGCGGCAGGCGAAGGACGGGGCUGGGCAGCCAGUCCCUGGCCUCAAAGGCAAAGUCUACGACUACUAUGUCCAGUCCAUCUCCCAGUCAGUAUCAAAGAAGAGGUCUCUCUCCUACAUCCCUCUGGGAACAUCCCGGCGCCGCAGCUCAGAGCGGGUCAAUGAAGAGCUGCAGAGCUUUGCAACCCAGGAACUGGACCCAACUUCAGCAACGCAGGAUCCCACCACCUCCUCCAUAGCUCCAUCAACUACAGGGAGCUUGGAAAUCUCCCUUGAGCCACCAUCUCCUGGCCGCAAGGACAGCAUCCUCCAGAUCGCCGACAGCCCCCAUCUCCAACUGCCCAUGGAGGGUUUUGGGGUCACAGCACCAGCCGGCAUGCCGCCUGCAAGCCCCCGGCCAGGGCUGGUGGCCAGUGCUGACCUCUUCCAAAUGCCACCACCCACCCACCUGGACCUGGGGAACUGCUAUGAGGUCCUCUGCACAGCCAAGGCGCAGAAGCUCAGACACCUCCAGGAGGCUGCCUACAAGGUGAUGAGCAACAACUACCUACAGGUGUUGAGGACACCUUCCAUCUAUGGCCGCCUCAACGCCAGUGAGCGGGAGCUUGUCCUGCAGCGGAGGAUGAAGGGGAAGAUGUACGUGGCUGUGGCAGACAUCAACGUGCAGGAGCCUGGCCUUCACACCAGCCGCCUCUGCUACUAUGAUGACAGAGGGGACUGCUGGCAUCACCUCUGCCACGUGCCACCAGAGGUGGUCUCCCGGGGGUGCGCCAUGUGCAGCAUGUUCAACUACCUCUUCGUGGUGGCUGGCUGUGAGGGCACAGGCCGGAUGCAGAGACCCUCCAACCGUGUCUUCUGCUAUGAUCCCCUGACUAACAUCUGGAGGGAGAUCUGCCCCCUGAACCAAGCACGGCCGCACUGCAAGCUCGUGGCCUUGGACGGCCACCUCUAUGCCAUCGGUGGCGAGUGCCUCUACACAGUGGAGCGCUAUGACCCCCGGAAGGACUGCUGGACCUUCACCGCACCCCUGCCCCAUGACACCUUUGCCGUGGCCCACAUGGCCACAGUGUGUGACGGGGAGAUCUACGUGACAGGAGGCACCUUGCGCUACGUUCUGCUGCGUUAUGCCGCCCGCUCAAACAGCUGGAGCGUCAGCCCAGUCGGCGGUGGCAAGGAUAAGACGGCCGAGAUGGUGAGCGCCAAUGGCUUCAUCUACCGCUUCGACCUCCACCGCAGCAUGGCCAUCAGUGUCUACCGCUGCGGAGCCAAGGCCAAACUAUGGUAUCAGUGUGCCACCUACGCCAUGCCCAAUCUGUCCACGUUCCAGUGCGCCGUGGUGGGCAGCCUGGUACACUGUGUUGGCCGGCACUUCCACAUACGCUUCUUGGCCGACCACAUCUCACCACGCUUUGGGACCAAGGAGCUGCAGCCCUUCCCAUCGCCCCGUGGCAACCUCCUCCCAGCUGUCCUGGUGCUGCCAGAGGGAGGGAUGACGCAAACGCAGGUUUGA